UUUGAUUCAACAAGAAUCGAAAUUGUUGAGAUUACACAAGCAAGAUGGCGACGGUGGCGUUACGAAAAGUUCCGAUUUUACUCCGGCAAUCCCGGCAAAAUGGGUUAUUACUCUGUCAAAAGGCCAAUAUGUCAGCGUUUUCUAGAAUUUCAACAGGCAAAAAAGCAAUGUUGGGAACGCUCGGCCUUCUGGCUGCAGGCGGUGCAGGUGUGGUAGCCACGUUACACAUGUCCGUCAACGCUGAGGAAUACGAACUACACGCUCCCAAGUAUCCCUGGAACCACAAGGGACUGUUCAGCUCCUUUGAUCAUGCAAGCCUUCGUCGAGGCUACCAAGUCUACAAGGACGUCUGCUCAGCCUGCCACAGCAUGAAUUACCUGGCCUUCAGGAAUCUGAUCGGAGUAACACACACGGAGGAUGAAGCCAAGGCCUUGGCAGAGGAGUACAUGUUCAAAGAUGGACCGGAUGAGAGCGGUGAAUUCUUUGAGCGUCCCGGCAAGUUGUCAGAUUACUUCCCCAAACCGUACGAAAACGAUGAAGCGGCCAGAGCAGCCAAUGAGGGAUCCCUGCCUCCUGAUUUGAGUUACAUCGCCCUGGCUCGCCAUGGCAACGAGGACUACCUCUUCUCCCUGCUGACUGGUUACUGCGAUCCUCCUGCUGGUGUGGACGUCCAGGAUCCGUUGUAUUAUAACCCUUACUUCCCUGGCCAGGCUAUCGGUAUGGCCCCAGCGCUCUACAAUGAGAUUAUCGAAUAUGAAGAUGGUACCCCCGCCACACUAAGUCAGCUGGCGAAGGAUGUAUCCUGCUUCCUGCGAUGGUCUGCCGAGCCAGAACACGACCAACGCAAAAGGAUGGGUCUCAAGGCUCUGAUGAUUCUGUCCAUGAUCCUCGCCGCCUCCUACUACAUGAAGCGACAGAAGUGGUCCGUCUUGAAGUCCCGAAAGAUUGCUUACAGAGCUCCCAGCCAUUGAUAAUAGCACCCAGGCCCUGGUGCUUUUGGGUGUCAUUGUAACAAGAAGAAUGCAAAGUUUUUAGAAAAUACGUACAAAUGUUUUAAAUUUUGAUGGUACGAAACAGUCACAUGUUUAAUUCCCUACUGAUAGUCAUUGGAACUGCAAAAUUACUUAUUUAAUUGUAAGGAAUAGAGAAUGGUACAAUUUGGGUGUACGUUUUGCAGUUGUAGAGUUUCAGAUUCGUUCACCCAAAA